UGAUAUACAUAAACCUGAGACGAGAAACAGAAUCUACAGAGAAAAAUCACCGUAUUUUCAACAGCUAGAAAGCCUCUGAAGACAUCGCGAUUCCAAAAAAGAAAAACUUCGAUAAAGCGAUAAUGGAGCCUUAUCAGCUUACGGCAACCCAAGCGCUUGCAAAAUUCAAAGAUGGUUCACUAACAGUGGAAGAAUAUGCUCGAUCGCUGCUGGAACGAAUCGAAAAGAGAGACGAUGCCGUCAAGGCCUGGGAAUAUAUCAACCCGGAAUACGUAAUCCAGCAGGCGAAGAUGCUUGAUCAUCUACCCCGUGAACGCUGGGGGCCUUUACAUGGUGUCGCCGUUGCGGUGAAAGAUAUCAUAUAUACGAGACACAUGCCGACGCAACAUAACUCCCCGAUCUACGCGGGAGAUAAGCCAAAUGUCGAUGCGGCGGUUGUCUCAACGCUGCGCACAGCUCGCGCCUUGCUACUAGGUAAGACUACCACGACAGAGUUUGCGUCUACCGCCACCGGGCCAAAAACACGCAACCCGCACGACGUAACGCGGACUCCGGGCGGAUCAUCCUCCGGGUCUGCGGCAGCAGUGGCUGAUUUCCAAGCGCCCAUCGCGCUAGGCUCCCAAACAGGCGGGAGCACAAUUCGCCCGGGCUCGUUCAACGGAAUAUUUGCCUUCAAACCGACGUGGAACGCCGUCAGUCGCGAGGGUGUGAAGAUAUACUCGGUCAACCUCGACACAGUCGGCUUCUUUGCGCGAUGCGUGCAAGAUCUCCAGCUCCUAGCCGACGUCUUCGCGCUUGAAGACGACGACACGCCCGCACAACAAGACGACUUCUCAAUCGAGGGGUCUAAAUUCGCGCUUGCGAAAACGACGGUGUGGCCCCAGGCCGGGCCCGGCACAAUCGCAGCGUUAGAAGCUGGCGCAAAGCUGCUGCGAGAUCGUGGUGCAGAGGUCGAGGAGAUCGAGCUGCCAGCAGAAUUCGACAGGGUGCCCGAGUGGCACGGCAUUAUACUUGACGCCGACGCGAGAACGACAUUCUUGCCGGAAUACCGCUUUGCUAAAGAGAAGUUGACGUCUCUCCUGGUCGACCACGUUGAGAAUAAGAGCCAGACAUCGCGGGCCGCUCAGCUUGAGGCGUUUGACGGAGUAGCCGCGCUAAGGCCUAGAUUUGAUGCGAUAGCCGGUAAAUAUGCUGCUGUCCUUACGCCGAGCGUGGUCGAUGAGGCGCCUGUGGGUACGGAGUUUACUGGAGACCCGGCAUUUAAUAAGAUGUGGACGGCUCUCCACGUCCCAGUGGUGAAUAUCCCCGGUUUCAAAGGUGAGAACGGAAUGCCGAUUGGCCUGUCGUUGGUCGCGCCGAGGUAUCAUGAUAGGCAUCUCCUUGCGGUUUCCAAGGCUGUCGGGGAGAUUUUCCAAGCCGAAGGAGGUUGGCGGACUUAAACGUCGGGAUAACUCGAUUUUAUCAUCCCCUGUGGGAUGAGGUCGGUUACAUGCCGCAAUUAGUUGUUCAAAGCCGUCAAAUUACUGGUAGGCUUCUGGACACAGGUGUAUGGACAUAUAUGUAUAAUAUCUUUAUUCAAAUAUCAAAUGACGAGAACAAGUGAAGUUCACGAGCCUCAGUAUAAUACGGGACGAAAAUUGCCU